CCACCACGCAUCCAACCAUCCCAUUUAAUCGAACAUUCGCUUCCACUUCCCUGCCAUGCCACCGCCCUUCUGGGCCAUCGGAUGCCUGUACGGCGCAUCCGGCGUCCUCCUCGGCGCCUUUGGCGCCCACGGCCUCAAGCGCCGCAUCGCCGACCCGCAGAAACUCGCAAACUGGAACACGGCGGCGCAGUACCAGCUCCUGCACUCGGUAGCACUCACCUUCGCCUCGGCCGUCGCGCCGCACAACACUCUCGCCAUGGGAUUGUUUACGGCCGGCAUGACGCUGUUUAGUGGGAGUUUGUACUUGCUUGUGCUGGAUCCGCAGAGGUGGAGGUUUUUGGGGCCCGUUACGCCGUUGGGGGGGCUGUGUUAUGGUACUUUGUAGAGGGAAGAGAGAGGGAUGCUCGCGGAUGGGAUGAGUGAGUUGAGUGUAGGUUAGCGUGUAAGUAUAGAGCCCCAGUUUGGUGGGAGUGACGGCGUCCCGUCGGGGUAUGAAUCGACUCUCCACACCUCACAAUGACAUUGAAGGUCAUUUGUACUUCUUGCAUGUCGCCUCUUCACUUCCCUUCUCACCUCGUGGACAGAUCGAAAAACGAAGGGAUGUCGUUGAAAUAAAACUAGUGGCCGAAGUGG